CGCUCACGCAGAACCCUCGCUUACACAGUAUGGCCGGCGACAUUAGCUAGCGCUCGCUCAACUCUCUCUAACGGGAAAGCAGCGGACUACAAGAGACUGAACUGUAUCUGCCUCUAUUUCCAACAGACUCACAUUCAACUUUCGCUCACAAAAAAAAAAAAAAAAAAAAAAUAGCCGGGAAAAUUUUAUUAGUCCUUUUUUUAAAAAAAAGUUAAUAUAAAAUUAUAGCAAAAAAAAAAAAAAAAAAAAGGAACCUGAACUUUAGUAACACAGCUGGAACAAUCCGCAGCGGCGGCAGGAGCGGCGGGAGAAGAGAUUUAAUUUAGUUGAUUUUCUGUGGUUGUUGGUUGUUCGCUAGUCUCACGGUGAUGGAAGCUGCACAUUUUUUCGAAGGGACCGAGAAACUGCUGGAGGUCUGGUUCUCCAGGCAGCAGUCCGACGCAAGCCAGGGAUCUGGGGAUCUCCGCACCAUCCCAAGAUCUGAGUGGGAUGUCCUUUUGAAGGAUGUGCAGUGCUCAAUCAUAAGUGUGACAAAGACUGACAAGCAGGAAGCUUAUGUACUCAGUGAGAGUAGCAUGUUUGUCUCCAAGAGACGUUUCAUUUUGAAGACAUGUGGUACCACCCUCUUACUGAAAGCACUGGUUCCCCUGUUGAAGCUUGCUAGGGAUUACAGUGGGUUUGACUCAAUUCAAAGCUUCUUUUAUUCUCGUAAGAAUUUCAUGAAGCCUUCUCACCAAGGGUACCCACACCGGAAUUUCCAGGAAGAAAUUGAGUUUCUGAAUGCAAUUUUCCCAAAUGGAGCAGCAUAUUGUAUGGGACGUAUGAAUUCUGACUGUUGGUACUUGUAUACUUUGGAUUUCCCAGAGAGCCGAGUAAUCAAUCAGCCAGAUCAAACCCUGGAAAUUCUGAUGAGUGAGCUCGACCCAGCAGUUAUGGACCAGUUCUACAUGAAAGAUGGUGUUACUGCAAAGGAUGUCACUCGUGAGAGUGGAAUUCGUGACCUGAUACCAGGUUCUGUCAUUGAUGCCACACUGUUCAAUCCUUGUGGCUACUCAAUGAAUGGGAUGAAAUCGGAUGGAACAUAUUGGACUAUUCACAUCACUCCAGAACCAGAAUUCUCUUAUGUUAGCUUUGAAACAAACUUAAGUCAGACCUCCUACGAUGACCUGAUCAGGAAGGUUGUGGAAGUCUUCAAGCCAGGAAAAUUUGUGACCACCUUGUUUGUUAAUCAGAGUUCUAAAUGUCGCACAGUGCUUUCUUCCCCCCAGAAGAUUGAAGGUUUUAAACGUCUUGAUUGCCAGAGUGCUAUGUUCAAUGAUUACAAUUUUGUUUUUACCAGUUUUGCUAAGAAGCAGCAACAACAGCAGAGUUGAUUAAGAAAAAUGAAGAAGAAAAAACGCAAAAAGAGAAGACACACAGGAGGUGGUGGCUGCUUUCUAGAUGUUGACGCUGGGGGCUGUGUUCUCCAUGACCACCACCUUGUAGUUGCAGAAAGCCCUAGGUGUAUUGAUAGUGUAAUCAUUUUGAAGUGUAUGCAUUAUUAUAUCAAGGAGUUAGAUAUCUUGCAUGAAUGCUCUCCUCUGUGUUUAGGUGUUCUAUGCCACUCUUGCUGUGGAAUUGAAGUGCAUGUAGAAAAGAACUUUGACUGUAUGAAUCCUUACGACACUUGUGAAAAUGAUUCAAUUUGGUUUAUGCACAGUGUAAUAUUUCUGCAGGCAUCGUCCAAAAUCCCCCACAGACAAGGCUUUCGUCCUCAUUAGAUGCUGGCCUCAGCUGACCGUCUGCGACUGUUCUAUUCAAGUGCUGCCAGAGUUUUUACAUCCAGUUACCUCCACUUUCUAGAGCAUAUUCUCUACUAAUGUUAUUCAAGACCAAUUUUUACUUCAUACAGGUGUUUUAUGCAAUGGCAAUUAAAGUUUUUCUUCCACAAGUUGA